UGCCUUCAUGCAUUUGUCUGCGGUGGAUUAAUAAUCAGAGCAUGGAGGUAGUGGUAAAACUCUUGCUGGCGAGGUGACAUCGCACCCGUGACAUCGCUCUGUGGAAAUCUGUAUAAAGAAGUCGUCUUUCGUUCGUUCGGCCGACAAGGCUAAAGGCGUUUGCCGAGAGCAAAGACAACUAUGGGUUUUCGGAAGACAAUUCAAGAGUUUCGAGAAUCCAAAUGGCCACUCGUUGCUGUGGUAACGGUUGCAAUGGUCUUUGACAACUGCCUAAUGACUGCCGUCGUCCCUUUACUACCCGUGGUUCUACUCGGGAAAUGCCACAGAGACAGCUCGACCGAGACGAUUGAGGAAUUCGGGAACCUGACAUCCGUGAUGGAUUCACACGACACAGUAGGCAUUAUCGAAUUGUCGGAGUGCGAGAAAGCCGUAAACACCAAUUUAGGUCUUCUACUGGCGUCACAGUUUGUUGUUCGAAUUGCGUUGUCCCCACUCGGGGGCUACAUUUGCAGGAAGUGGGGCUAUUUCGUAGUGAUGAUGAUUGGAUGUUUGCUAAUGAUUACGUCAUCUUUGGUGUAUGCAUUUUCCACAUCCUACGCUGCAUAUCUAGCGGGUCGUCUACUACAUGGAUUCGCAGCUGUAAUGAAUGCAGUAGGAGGUCUGGGUGUUAUAGGGUAUCGUUUCCGAGAUGACGACAAACAACGAGGAUUCGUACUGGGAUUCGUCGUCUGCGGGUUUGCUGUUGGAUCAAUACUCGGUCCCGUUUUUGGCGGUUUACUUGGCGACAGCAUGGGACCAAUGUUUCCCUUUCUUGUUUUUGCAGGACUUCUCACUCUACUGUUAGUUGCACAGAUGUGGAUUUAUCAACCCGAGACUGAAACCGAAGAACAUGAAGACCCGAUGGCACUUUUGCAUAUAUUGAAAAACCCCAAUGCACUUAUUGCAGCUGGUUCACUGACGAUGGCUAGUGUAGUAUUAGGUAUAUUAGAACCAGCACUACCUGUUUGGAUGUUACAGACCAUGGCAGCAAGAACAUGGCAGCUAGGUGCCGUUUUUAUACCAUCCGGCACGUUGUACGUAAUCGCCUGUACUACAAUGGGGUUUGUUUCGUACAGAAUAGGCAGGUGGCUGUGUAUUGCUGUACCUAUUUUCGUAUUGUCUGUCAACGUUGCAUUGCUUCCGUUUGCCACCAGUUUCAUAAAGCUCUUGGUGCCGAUGGCCGUCGUAGGCUUUUGCUUUGGUGCAGUAGACGUUAACACUUGCGCUGUGCUGUUCUACAUUGCAGAAAGAGAUUUCAAGGGGGCGUACGGGGCAGCAUCGGCACUCAUAACGCUCGCAUUCUCUCUGGGUUUCAUACUGGGUCCUGCCUUGAGCAGUAUUCUCCUCAAUAACGUGGGGUUUGAAUGGAUGCUUCGAGGUCUGGGAAUAUGUACAGCUUUGUUAACGCCUUUGUGUUGGAUACUGCGAGGUUCGGACAGUGAACCAACCUCCUCUGAAAAAGCAGGUGAAAAGACGGUUUUAAUUCUUCCCGCCGUAAAACCAGACACAGUGGCGCAUAGAGUGACAGAUUUAGACUGAUGACAACUACGAAUACUCGCCGCUGGGAGGUUAUUUUAUUAGGCCUACCGUCGAUUUCACCAAACUCAUCCUAACUUAGGACUAAUCUGUAACACAUAGCAUCCAGACCUUAAGAU